AGAGGAAGCAAAGAUAGAAUUAAUAAGGAUCAGGGAGCCCAAACCUGUAAGUUUCAUGAGUCGUAUUUUAAGCUUGAGGUCUUGAAGGAGUUAUAUCUAUAGCAACCCAAACUUUUUGAUAUACACAGAAAGGAGGAAAACCAAAAUUAUAGCUCAAAUUAUUACUCUAAACUCAGAAGUUCAGUCUCCUCAUACGCUUCUUCACAUAAGAAUAGUCCUUGUGAAAAAGAAGAGUCUAAUGAGAAAGAAUCCAAUGAAGAGGCUGAGCUUCGUGGAAGGAGCUAUGAAAAUGUGUCCUUCAGUAAAUACCUUAAAACUUCAAAGGGCUCCUGAAAGAACCUUAAAGCUGUGAAAAUUUCAGACCUAAAAAAUCCUCAAGAUCAAAAAUAAGCUCUUAUCUCAAAUCUGGAAGCUUGGGUCUAAAAAUGGAUUGAAAGAUAAACUAAACUCAGGGGAUAAUUUUUCUAAAAAGAAGUUCCUCUCAAUGCUAAUGGAUCAGUACAUCGAUGAUUAUAAGAGAGAAAAAUUGGAAAUCGUUAAUUCGAAGAUGAAAACUUACCAAAAAGAACAAAUCAAGGCCAUACAAAGGAUCCGCAAGGUCAAACGAGAUAAAAGAGACAGGACAAAGAAGGAUUAAAGGUGUUCAAUAAGUUCUGAUAUGAUAUGAAUGACUAUAUUUAUGAACUUUCACUUCGACCUCAUCGCCAGAAUAUUAAAAUGUAUAAAUCCAUAAUUGACAGACUGAAAGUAUCAAAGAAAACUAUGCUAAGUGACCCAUAUUACAAGCAAUUUAAAAUGGAUUUCAGGAAAUUUAUAAGAGGGAAAGAUCCAGAAAGCCCAAUAGUUGUACCUGAGGAAAAUAAGACAUUUCACUCUGAAAAGACUAAUUUAUCUCCAAAAUCAAAGAGGACAAAUCAGAGUAAAAAGAGCGGGUAUCUCAGCCCAUCACCCUCUAAUAGUGAACCCAAAGGGUUUACUAUGAACUUUUCUGGCCUUUUGAAUAGAAACUCAGAGCAUGAAAAUACCCAGAGCUCUAAUUCAAACAUAAAGGCAGAUUCUUUCCAAAACCAGCCAAGUUCUCAGUCUCCUCAGCGAAGGAGCAGCAAGAUCUCUAGGCAUAGAGCCCAGAAUAAAUCAAGAACUUCAAAAGCCCUAAAUUCCUCUGAAGAUAACCUUGAUUUCCAAAAUAACCCGAAAGAAUGAAUUAAGAAGGUUGAAAAGCUACAGCAACAGAAGGAUGGUACAGAGAAAGAGUUUCUUCAAAAGUCAUUCAACUCUUUCAAAAUCACUAAGAAACGCCCAAAGACCAAAGGAGGCAGCAGGCCGAGGCUCAGGAGCCGAUACAGAGUAAGAGUACAAUCAGGCUUGAAACCUUUUUCUGAUGUAAAUAAAUCCCACAAUUACAAGAAGUACAGACCUGGAUUCUCAUCAACCCCGUUCUCAGCCAUGAGUCAGAAUAAUGACCAAGACGGAAUCCUCAAGCGCAUUGACGAUUUCAGGAUCCAAUGAAAUUCAGUUAUCAACAAGAACAUUCGCAAGGACAGAAAAUUUUUCAGAAAACUCAAAGAAGAUCACAGGAAGAUCAAGAUCACUGAGAGAAGGAUCAAAAGAGCAAAAAUGAAGAAGGCAAUCAAGCACCAGGAGGAUGUUCGUGCUGUUGGCUGGGGCAACAUCUCCAAUCCCUCCGGAAAACCAGUCAAUCUCUUCAGCUUUUAA